CCAACAUGGCGAGCAUACUAUCCAAGCGGCUCGGGAAGAGGUCCCUGCUCGGUGCCCGGGUAUGCACCGCCCCGAUGUUAUCCGCGGACGGCAUGUCGGUGGAGUCGGCGGGAGACCUUGCCGUGUCGGCUCACCUCGGAGCUUACGAAGGCGGAUGCUACAAGGAGUGCUUGGAGGAGGCCAUGUGUCCCACCAACUUGUCCACCAACCGCUUCAAGCUGUACCCCGGACAGAAGGUGUACAUCACACACAAUGGCAGGGAACGGGUCGGUUUAGUGGAGCAGCACAAUCACGUGGAUGACGAAGUGAAGGUUUUCGUCCUGGAACUGGGGCUCCACCUGUGCAGGAAGACCGAGGACGUGCGUCUCGCGGAGGCCCCCAAGGCCAUGAGCAUGCCGAUGGAGCAGACCCUGGCCACCAGCCCCGUAGGGCACGCCAGCGUGGCUCAGAGAUCCGUGUCCCGCAGCAUCGAUGUCCCCAAGAGGAGAUCAGAUGCGGUGGAGAUGGAUGAAAUGAUGGCAGCCAUGGUCCUCACCAGUCUCUCCUGCAGCCCAAUCGUACAGAGCCCCCCCUGCGGAGACCACAUUCCAACCCCUCAAGUGACCUGUGACCACUGGAAGGAAAGCGGCGAUGUGUCCGACAGCGGCAGCAGUACCACCAGCGGGCACUGGAGUGUGGAGUGCGGCGCCUCCACCCCGUCCCCCCCUCACACCGAAGCCAGCCCCAAAUAUACAAACGAGGCGUUCAGCGCUUCCCACGUGGAUGAAGGCUUCGAGACCGACCCCGAUCCCUUCCUUCUGGACGAGCCCGCCCCGCGCAAGAGAAAGAACUCCGUGAAGAUCAUGUACAAGUGUCUGUGGCCAAACUGCGGGAAACUCCUGCGCUCCAUCGUUGGCAUUAAGCGCCACGUGAAAACCCAGCACCUUGGAGACGGAGCAGAUUCCGACCAGCGUAAGAGGGAGGAGGAUUUUUACUACACCGAGGUCCAGCUGAAAGAGGAAGCCGAAGCAGAGAGCACACCCAGGAGCCCGAGCGCGGCCACCACUCCACUCCUCAUCCAGCCGGUGACAUCCAAACCCGAGACCCUGGCUCUGGAGGUUCCCAACUUGGAGUCCCCACUGACCAGCGCGCUCAGUCAGUCGGCCCCGGGCUCCUUCUGGCACAUCCAGGCCGACCAUGCAUACCAGGCUCUGCCUUCCAUUCAGAUUCCGGUCUCCCCUCAUAUCUUCACCAGUAUCAGCUGGGCAGCUGCUCCCUCCACGCUCCCCACCCUGUCUCCGAUCCGAAGCCGGUCACUGAGUUUCAGUGAGAACCAGCAGCAACAACAACAACAGCAGCAGCAGCAGCAGCAACAGCAGCAACAACAGCAGCAACAGCAGACGCCAUCCAUAAAGUCGCAUCUGAUUGUGGCUUCGCCCCCCCGAGCCACCAAUGGGAGCAGGAAAGUUCGCGGUGAAGCAAAGAAGUGCCGCAAGGUUUACGGGAUCGAACACCGGGACCAGUGGUGCACCGCCUGCCGGUGGAAAAAGGCCUGUCAGAGGUUCCUGGACUGAGUGCCGAGGGGCCGCACACACGCACAUCUCUUUAGAGGUGGAAAGGCUUCAGCAUCUAAAGGGCUCAUGGAGUCCACUUGGAGCAUCUCUAAGAGAAGGGUGGUGACUAAGGACUGUUUUGACUUGUAAAUUCCAAAAA